AUGGCGACGCCCCCCCUCCUCGCUUCAGGGCCCCGGCGGCUCACGCCAGACCUUCACUCCCCCUCAUUUCUUGUGAAAAGUCCCUCCCCAGCUUCAGGUCAUGGUAAAAACCACAAGGAUGCAGCCUCAGUGAGGGCCACACACCCCAUCCCUGCAGCCUGUGGCAUCUAUUACUUCGAGGUGAAGAUUGUCAGUAAAGGUAGAGAUGGGUACAUGGGAAUAGGACUUUCAGCUCAAGGAGUCAACAUGAACAGGCUUCCUGGAUGGGAUAAACAUUCCUAUGGGUACCACGGUGAUGAUGGGCACUCCUUCUGCUCCUCAGGAACAGGCCAGCCCUAUGGUCCCACCUUCACCACUGGGGAUGUCAUCGGCUGCUGUGUCAACCUGAUCAACAACACCUGCUUCUACACAAAGAAUGGCCACAGUUUGGGUAUAGCCUUUACAGACCUCCCUUCAAACCUCUACCCUACAGUGGGUCUCCAGACUCCAGGAGAGAUCGUGGAUGCCAACUUUGGGCAGCAGCCAUUUGUGUUUGACAUUGAGGACUACAUGAGGGAGUGGAGGGCCAAGAUCCAGAGCACCAUCAAGCGGUUCCCCAUCGGAGACAGGCUGGGCGAGUGGCAAGCCAUGCUGCAGAACAUGGUGUCAUCGUAUCUGGUCCAUCAUGGGUACUGUUCAACAGCAACUGCCUUUGCCAGAGUCACAGACACCACAAUCCAGGAAGAACAGACCUCAAUAAAGAACAGACAAAGAAUACAGAAGCUAGUAUUAGCAGGCAGAGUGGGAGAGGCUAUAGAAGCCACCCAGCAGCUCUACCCUGGCCUCCUAGAACAUAACCCCAACCUGCUCUUCAUGUUAAAGUGCCGGCAGUUCGUGGAGAUGGUGAACGGGACGGACAGCGAGGUGCGCUGCUUCGGUGCCCGCAGCCCCAGGUCCCAGGACAGUUACCCCGGCUCCCCCAGCUUGAGUCCCAGACAUGGAUCAAGCAACUCACACGUCCAUAGUACUGGAGCAGAUAGUCCAACCUGUAGCAAUGGAGUCAUGUCCACAAAAAGCAAACAGAGUCACAGUAAAUACCCAACACUGAGUUCAUCAUCUUCAUCUUCCUCCUCCUCCUCCCCCUCCUCAGUGAACUACUCUGAGUCCAAUUCUACAGAUUCUACCAAAUCCCAGCAGCACAGUAGUACGAGUAACCAAGAAACCAGUGACAGUGAGAUGGAGAUGGAGGCUGAGCACUACCCCAAUGGAGUCCUGGAGAAUUCAUCCACCAGGAUCAUGAAUGGCACCUACAAACAUGAAGAGAUCCUGCAGACGGAUGAAUCCAGCAUGGAAGACAGCUGUCCCCAGAGGCAGCUCUGUGGGGGGAACCACGCAGCCACCGAGAGGAUGAUCCAGUUUGGGCGGGAGCUGCAGGUGCUGAGCGAGCAGCUCUGCCGGGAGUACGGGAAGAACACGGUGCACAAAAAGAUGCUGCAGGAUGCAUUUAGCUUGUUAGCUUACUCAGACCCUUGGAACUGCCCCGUCGGUCAGCAGCUGGACCCCAUCCAGAGGGAACCUGUGUGUGCUGCUCUUAAUAGUGCUAUUUUGGAAUCUCAGAACCUGCCAAAGCAGCCCCCGUUGAUGCUUGCCCUGGGCCAGGCCUCGGAGUGUCUGCGGCUCAUGGCUCGUGUGGGCUUGGGCUCCUGCUCCUUUGCCAGAGUAGACGACUAUUUGCACUGA